CCAAUGGUUACGCUCACAGGAAAGAUUACGCAGGAGUGAAGGGUUUUUGACGAGCUGCAAACUGAAACAACGCCCCAGAAGGAGAGCAGGUGGAGGAGUGGUGUUUUGAAAAAUAGCAAAUUAUUUGAGGACCUGAAUGUUCAUUGUUCAGACUGGUGUUUGAAAUGGCUGAUUCUGCUGAGAUAUUGCAGGAGUUGGACUCCAUUGAGAAUGAACUGAAGGCAGUGGAGCUACAGAUUAGUGAUCUUCAGGAACGUCAGAAGGAUCUGAAUGCCAGCAAGGACCGGUUGCAGAAGAAGCUGAAACAGUGCACCAAGGAUGCAGGGCCAAGCAAAAAGUUGGACUUGCAAAGCUUCACUAAGCAAGAUUUCCCUUGGUCCAAGAAGGUUCAGAAAGCUCUCGGAAUGUUCAAACUCUCCGCAUUCCGGCCCCUGCAGCUCAAGACCAUCAACAUCACCAUGUCUGGGAGGGACGUGUUCCUGAUCAUGCCCACCGGAGGAGGGAAGAGUCUGUGCUACCAGCUGCCAGCGGGCUGCUCCGAGGGGUUUACCUUGGUAAUUGCUCCACUGGUUUCCUUGAUAGAGGACCAGCUUAUGAGUUUGGAUAAGUUAGGGAUUUCAGCAGCUACGAUUAAUACAUCUAGCUCAAAGGAACAUGUUAAAUCAGUUCAGAAUGCGAUGCUUGACAAGACGUCUGAUAUGAAACUGCUUUACGUCACCCCGGAGAAAAUUGCUAAAAGCAAAAUGUUCAUGUCCAACCUGGAAAAAGCUUACAAUGCUGGCCGGCUGACACGCAUUGCAGUGGAUGAGGUGCACUGUUGCAGCCAGUGGGGACAUGACUUCAGACCAGACUACAAGGCCCUUGGUAUCCUGAAACGACAGUUCCCAAGCGUUCCUUUGAUCGGACUGACUGCGACUGCCACCAAGAGCGUGCUCAAGGACUGUGAGGAAAUCCUGUGCCUCAAAGAUACCAUUACGCUGUCUGCCUCGUUCAAUAGGCCUAACCUUUAUUAUGAGGUACGUCUGAAACCGUCAAGCACUGAAGAUUUCACUGAAGACAUUGUGAAAUUAAUCAAUAAGAGAUACAAAGAUCAGUCAGGUAUCAUUUACUGCCUUUCCCAUAAGGACUCUGAGUACGUCUCUGUAAAUCUGCAGAAAAUGGGAAUAAAGGCCAAGCCUUACCAUGCCAACAUGGAAGCUACUGAGAAGUCCAGUGUGCAUAAAGAGUGGACUGAGAACAAACUCCAGGUUGUGGUGGCAACAGUAGCCUUUGGAAUGGGGAUUGAUAAGCCUAACGUGAGGUUUGUUAUUCAUCAUACAAUGAGCAAAUCUAUGGAGAAUUACUACCAGGAGAGCGGCCGUGCAGGUCAAGAUGACCGGAAUGCGGAUUGCAUUUUGUACUACAGUUUUGUAGACAUCUUUAAAGUAAGUUCGACGGUCGUAAUGGAGAAAGUAGGUCAACAGAAGCUCUACCAAAUGGUGUCCUACUGCCAGGAUGCAACCAGGUGUCGCCGCGUGCUGAUCGCAAAGCAUUUUGAUGAAGUGUGGGAUACAAAGCAUUGCAACAAGAUGUGUGAUCAAUGCCGUCAUAAUCCAUCCUCGGAGUCGGUGGACGUGGCAGACCACUGCAGGGACCUGCUUCAGAUCCUACAGCAGGCUCAGCAGAUGGAUGAGAAGCUCACUCCGCUGAAGACCAUCGAUUCCUGGAUGGGGAAGGGAGCUGCCAAGCACAGGGUCGUGGGCGUGCCUCCGUCCAGCCUCCCCAGACUGGAGAUGGAGAUGGUCAUCGCUCACCUGCUGGUGCAGCAGUAUCUCAGAGAGGAUUUUAGCUUUACUCCAUAUGCUACAAUUUCCUACAUCAAAUUGGGCCCGAAGGCUGAUCUGCUGAAGAACGAGAAGCACAAGAUCAUGAUGCAAAUGAAGAAGUUCACAAGCAUUGAUCCAGAUGAUGUAUUGCCACCGAUAUCUGAGGCAGAGAGCUCUCCUACAUUGGCUAUUAGGGACAACCCCUCUGUACAAAAGAGAAAAAAAUCAACAAAGAAAACAAGAAACCUGCAGCGUGACCAAGCUGGACAAUGUAACCCAAGCCCCUUAGAAACCCGGGCUUCAGAAGAGGCACCGCAAAUCAGUGAUGACGAAACGGAAGUCGCAGAUCGCCGUGUUAAUGCAGAGGGAAAGUUGAUACAGGGAUAUGCUGCCAUAGAGGUUGACGUGCAAAUAGAUAACAAAGAGAAAGAAAGCCACGCGGACAGUCCCUCAGCAUGCCCAGCUGGAGCUUCACCAGUUAGAGCGAAGCAGAAGGCAGACACACCCAAAGAGAAGAAGAGAAAGAACAGGCAGGACACCGCUCAAGCUCCUACAGGGGAACACAAGUGCCAACACAAAGCAAAUCUGGCGAGUGCUCCAUCUGAAAUGUCAAUUAUUUCUGCAGCUGCGGUUGAAGAACUGCGUCACCUGCGCAGCUAUUACUCCAAACAGCUGCAAAGGAUCAAUUGCAUUUCCAGGGAAAACCUGCGAGACUCUGAUUACGGGGAUAAAGCCCCCUCAGCAAUAUGAGACUCAGCUGUGGGCCUUCGUUAAUCGGGACUGUUAGGAGUCUGUGGAGACGGGUCAGUAUGCAGAGGAAAUGCUCCAUUAGGAAGUGACAGAAAGGUUACCAAAUAGAUUAGUCAACAUUUUCAGGCCUGGAUCUCUGUGUGUGUGUUUGCUCUUCAGGGUUUCAUUUUAGCAAUUUAAAAAACAAUUUUAUUAUUAUUAUUAUUAUUAUUAUUAUUAUUAUUAAGCUCUCCAAAAUCAUUCCUGAGCCCUCUAGCUCAACUGCUAAGAACUUAUUCACUGAAAUCACUAGUACACAAUUGUUUGUAAUAAAAAAAUGUAUCUCUAUUUAACAGUAUACACUGUUAAAUGGCACUUACUGUAGUCUGUAAAGUAUACUUGUAUUCCUUAUGAGUACUCUGUUGAUUGGCACUUAGCACAGACUAACUUAAGACUAUUGCAAAGCAGUUUGUAUGGUUCCAGAUUGUCCCAUGAGCCUUCAUUACUAAUGACCUGUACAGGAGGUACAGUAUGUGGUGUGUCCUAAUUAGGCCAAUAUUAAAAGCUUAUUCCAGAGUCAGCCUACCUGCUUUAAAACACAACUUUAUACUUAUUUGUUUAACAUGACGUGAUUAAAAAAUUACUUUGCAUUGAAUUAGCUAUCCAGAGAUGAAUGUGUACUGUAAUUCAGAAUGCAUUCACUGUUUUCUGCCUCAGGUAUCCAAUUGUAAUAUUUUCACUUUCCGUUUUCUAGUAACAAGGUUUUGAUUUGCCUUGGCUUUUGUUAAAAUGUAUAAUCAAGUGCAGUAGCCACGUCAUAAUGAACGUAUGGGGACAAAGCCCAACACAUUUUGCUGGGUGAUGACAGCUCAUUUAUGCAGAAGUGUGGUGCUGUAAGCACUUUUUAUUUUGUAUAAUUCACAUGCUUUUAAAAUAUAUAUAUAUAUAUAUAUAUAUAUAUAUAUAUAUAUAUAUAUAUAUAUAUAUAUAUAUAAUUUUUUAAUUAGUUCUGCCAUCACUAUUGAACCUAUAAAGACUGUAGGCUUUUAUUAAACAAAUUGUACACUGCCAUACAUUUUGAAAUUAAAAAAAAAUUAAUAA